UCGUAUUUUCCCCAUCAGCGGCUGGCUGCUGGGUUCAUUCAGCAUGUGUCCGCGAUGCUUCAUUCAGGCCGAUGUCGUAAUGCUCCCGGAUUUAUGAAUGCUUCCGAGUUAAAACGCGUGUGAUCGCUUUAACUUUAACGCCUAUGGGUGUGUCCCGUCAUGGUGAUCGCCGACGACGGAAGCGGCGGAGUUAAAGCACGCGAGGGGGGAGCGGCGGGGCUCCGAUCCGGCGCCCCGGUCCCUUCUGCCUCUCACCGACCCGCCGUGACGUCAGGUCCGUAGCUCUCCUCACGGCGGCGGUGCUGAACAAGAUGGCUGUGCGUCCGGGAGCGGAGAGCUGAGGCGACCGGCGCUACACCCAGAAACGCUCUCUGCGCCACGGAUAAGCUGGGGGCGCGCCCUGCGGUGCCGCUUAUAACGCGUUUAUACCGUGCGGCACUGCACUGUGAUGUGCGUGUAGGGACGGCGGCUGCAUUUCCACGCGUGUCCGACAAAUCGCUGCGAAAAGCUACACGGGGAGCCGGGAGGAGACAGCUGGGAGCGCUCAUUGCCAGAAUAAGAGAUGUCACUGCUGUGUGUCGGAGUGAAGAAGGCCAAACUCGAUGGACCCCAAGAGAAAUUCAACACCUACGUGUCCCUGAAGGUGCAGAAUGUUAAGAGUACCACCAUUACCGUCCGGGGCAGCCAGCCCAGCUGGGAACAAGACUUCAUGUUUGAGAUUAACAGACUGGACCUGGGCCUGACGGUGGAGGUGUGGAACAAAGGGCUGAUCUGGGACACCAUGGUGGGCACAGUGUGGAUCCCUCUGCGGAACAUCCGCCAGUCCAAUGAGGAAGGCCCAGGACAGUGGGUGACGCUGGACUCGCAGGCCAUCAUGGCGGAAAACGAAAUCUGUGGCACCAAAGACCCCACCUUCCACCGCGUCCUCCUGGACACGCGCUUCGAGCUGCCGCUGGAUAUCCCAGAGGAGGAGGCGCGCUAUUGGGCCAAAAAACUGGAGCAACUCAACGCCAUGAGAGACCAGGACUACACUUACCAGGAAGAGCAGGAUAGACCUUUGCCAGUUCCAGCCACACAGUGUUGUAAUUGGAGUCUUUGGGGAGACCAGCAAAACGAGGACCCUGACAGCGCGGUGGACGACCGGGACAGCGACUACCGCAGCGAGACCAGCAACAGCAUACCCCCUCCGUAUUACACCACCUCCCAGCCCAACGCCUCCAUGCACCAAUAUCCCAUGAGGCAGCAGCAGCACGGCUUGCGAGGCCCGUACGGCGACUCCAUGAAUAGCUGCGACCUCGACUACGACCACCAGAGGGCGAUGAGCCCCACCGGCAGCAGCCGCUACGCCUCCUCCGGGGAGCUGAGUCGUGGCAGCUCCCAGCUUAGCGAGGAGUUUGGCCCUGAGGACGGGGAGAGCCUAAGGGGCUCCGAGAUUUACGACGAGAACGACUCCUACCACUCCUGCCACUCCUCCGUUAGCUAUGGCAAGGAGUCACCCGACUGGGACCCGGAAGAGCCGCAGGGUGGGUACAGCGACGAGGGCGGCUACAUCAAGGACGGAGGAGAGGAGGGUGCUCUCUAUGACGAGGAGGACGGCGAACUGUACGGGACCGAGGAGCGCACCUAUGAGGAGGAAGAGGAGGCCGAGCGCACCUAUGAGGAGGAAGAGGAGGACAUGAUGUACGGGGAGGAUGAGGACCUCUAUCCCCUCGAUGGCACACCGAGUGAAGAUCAGGAGCCGCCGUACACACCGAGCCAAACCAGCAUGGGCGGCACUCCGGGCCUGGAGACCCCCUCUGUGAGACCCCCCCUGGAAAAACAGACCUCCAUGCAUGGGCAGCAGCCUCCCCAGGCCCAGCUUCACACCCAGCCCCCCAUCAGCCAGCCACAGGUCGCAGCCUUCCCCCCCCCUCAGGCCACUAUUUCCAAGCCCCCACCAAUGGCAAGUCAACCCACCCCCAUGAGCCAAACCACCGCACCCCCUGUUCAGGCCCCCGAGGCUGUCCUCAGGAAAGCCGCCUCCAUAGAGGAACCUCCCCCUUCUGAAGAAGUUCUAGAAGACGAGGAGACCUUGGUUGCUACACCAAUAGAGGAAGCAGAGGCACCGCCAGACAGCUACCCUGUGGUUGAGGAGCCCCUGGACCCAGCGGUCCGCGCCAAGGCCAACUGGUUGAGGCUCUUCAACAAGGUGCGCCUGCAGCUGCAGGAGGCCCGCGGUGAGACCGCCGGGUCCCAGUCGCCGUGGUUUCCAGGAGGCCCAGGUGGGGCGCUCUACAGCAUUGACAGCAUGCCGGAUCUCCGAAAGAGGAAAGCCAUUCCCCUGGUCAGAGACUUGGCCAUGUCUCUGGUCCAGAACUCUCGGAAGGCGGGCAUCACCUCCGCACUGGCGUCCAGCACGCUGAACAACGAAGAGCUGGUCAGCCACGUGUACCGCAAGACGCUUCAGGCGCUGAUCUACCCCAUCUCCUGCACCACGCCGCACAACUUCGAGGUGUGGACGGCCACCACGCCUACCUACUGCUACGAGUGCGAGGGGCUCCUGUGGGGCAUCGCGCGGCAGGGCAUGCGCUGCACCGAGUGUGGCGUCAAGUGCCACGAGAAGUGCCAGGACUUGCUCAACGCUGAUUGCCUGCAAAGGGCAGCGGAGAAGAGCUCCAAGCACGGGGCAGAGGACCGGACCCAGAAUAUCAUCAUGGUGCUGAAAGACCGCAUGAAGAUCCGAGAGCGGAACAAGCCGGAGAUCUUCGAGAUGAUCCAGGAGGUCUUCACCGUGGUCAAGGCCACCCACGUCACGCAGAUGAAGCAGAUCAAGCAGAGCGUGUUGGACGGUACCUCCAAGUGGUCGGCUAAGAUCAGCAUCACAGUUCUGUGUGCCCAGGGUCUCCAGGCGAAGGACAAAACAGGCUCUAGUGACCCCUAUGUCACCGUCCAAGUCGGGAAGACCAAAAAGAGAACCAAGACUAUCUAUGGCAAUCUGAAUCCCGUGUGGGACGAGAACUUCCAUUUCGAAUGCCACAACUCAUCAGACCGCAUCAAAGUGCGGGUUUGGGAUGAGGAUGACGACAUCAAGUCCCGGGUCAAGCAGAAGUUCAAGAGAGAGUCCGAUGACUUCCUGGGGCAGACCAUCAUUGAGGUGCGCACUCUCAGCGGGGAGAUGGACGUGUGGUACAACUUGGACAAACGCACAGACAAGUCUGCAGUAUCUGGGGCCAUUCGGAUGCACAUCAGUGUCGAGAUCAAGGGGGAGGAGACAGUGGCUCCGUACCACGUCCAGUACACCUGUCUCCAUGAGCACCUGUUCCACUACGUGACCGACGUUCAGAACAACGGCGUGGUGAAGAUCCCGGAUGCCAAGGGUGACGACGCCUGGAAGGUAUACUAUGAGGAAACGCCGCAGGAGAUCGUCGAUGAGUUCGCAAUGCGCUACGGCGUGGAGUCCAUCUACCAGGCCAUGACCCACUUCGCCUGCCUGUCAUCAAAGUACAUGUGUCCCGGCGUGCCGGCGGUGAUGAGCACCCUGCUGGCCAACAUCAACGCCUACUAUGCUCACACCACCCAGGCCACCAACAACGUCUCCGCCUCCGACCGCUUCGCCGCCUCCAACUUCGGGAAAGAGCGCUUUGUCAAGCUACUGGACCAGCUGCACAACUCUCUGCGCAUCGACCUCUCCAUGUACCGGAACAACUUCCCCGCCAGCAGUACUGAGAGACUGCAGGAUCUGAAAUCCACAGUGGACCUGCUUACUAGUAUCACUUUCUUCAGAAUGAAGGUCCAGGAGCUGCAGAGUCCACCUCGAGCCAGCCAGGUAGUGAAGGACUGCGUGAAGGCCUGCCUGAACUCCACCUACGAGUACAUCUUCAACAACUGCCAUGAGCUCUACAGCCGCGAGUAUCAGACUGACCCGAACAAAAAGGGGGAAGUUCCUCCAGAAGAACAAGGUCCCAGCAUCAAGAACCUGGACUUCUGGUCCAAACUCAUCACCCUUAUUGUGUCCAUUAUAGAGGAGGACAAAAACUCCUAUACCCCUUGUCUCAACCAGUUCCCUCAGGAACUGAACGUAGGGAAGAUCAGCGCAGAGGUGAUGUGGAACCUGUUUGCUCAGGACAUGAAGUAUGCUAUGGAGGAGCAUGACAAGAACCGCUUGUGUAAGAGUGCCGACUACAUGAACCUACACUUCAAGGUGAAGUGGCUGUACAAUGAAUAUUGCAAAGACCUGCCUUUCUUCAAGAGCCGCGUCCCAGAAUACCCAGCGUGGUUCGAGCCAUUUGUGAUUCAGUGGCUGGAUGAGAACGAGGAAGUCUCAAGGGACUUCUUGCACGGUGCCUUGGAGCGAGACAAAAAGGAUGGCUUCCAGCAGACCUCUGAGCACGCCCUCUUCUCCUGCUCUGUGGUGGAUGUCUUCUCUCAACUCAACCAGAGCUUCGAGAUCAUCAAGAAGUUAGAGUGCCCUGAUCCUCAGAUCGUGGGUCAUUACAUGAAGAGGUUUGCAAAGACUAUCAGCAACGUUCUCCUGUCCUACGCCGACAUUAUUGCUAAGGACUUUGCCAAUUACUGUUCCAAAGAGAAAGUGCCCUGCAUCCUCAUCAACAACAUUCAGCAGUUACGAGUCCAGCUUGAGAAGAUGUUCGAGGCCAUGGGGGGGAAAGACCUUAACGUGGAGGCCAGCGAUAUCCUGAAGGAGCUACAGGUAAAGCUCAACAACGUUCUGGAUGACCUCAGCAGGGUUUUUGCCACCAGUUUCCAGCCGCACAUAGAGGAGUGUGUGAAGCAGAUGGGUGACAUCCUGAGCCAGGUGAAGGGCACAGGCAAUGUGCCAGCCAGCGCCUGUAGCAGUGUCGCCCAGGACGCCGACAACGUGCUGCAGCCUAUCAUGGACUUCCUGGACAGCAACCUGACGCUGUUUGCUAAGAUCUGUGAGAAGACCGUGCUGAAGCGAGUACUGAAGGAGCUGUGGAAGCUGGUGAUGAACACCAUGGAGAAAACCAUCGUGCUGCCGCCUCUGACCGACCAAACGGGAACCCAGCUCAUCUUCAACGCUGCUAAGGAGUUGGGGCAACUCUCCAAGCUAAAGGAGCACAUGGUGCGUGAGGAGGCCAAAGCACUGUCCCCCAAGCAGUGUGCCGUGGUGGAACUGGCCCUGGAUACUAUCAAGCAAUACUUCCAUGCAGGCGGAGUGGGACUGAAGAAGACCUUCCUGGAGAAGAGCCCAGACCUGCAGUCCUUGCACUACGCCCUCUCCCUCUAUACUCAGGCCACAGACAAGCUCAUCAAGACCUUCGUCCAAUCACAGAAUGCACAGAUUCACGGAGGGAAAGGGGUCAGAUACACCCUUUCCGAGGAUACGUACCCGGAGAAGGGUUCAGGUGUGGAUGACGCAGUGGGAGAAGUAUCCAUCCACGUGGAGAUCUUCACUCACCCCAACACAGGAGAACACAAGGUCACAGUGAAAGUGGUGGCAGCGAAUGAUUUGAGGUGGCAGACUUCUGGAAUAUUCCGGCCCUUCGUGGAGGUCUAUAUCAUCGGGCCGCAUCUCAGCGACAAGAAGAGAAAGUUUGCCACCAAAUCCAAAAACAACAGCUGGGCUCCGAAAUACAGCGAAACCUUCCAAUUCACCCUAAGCAGCGAGGUAGGGCCAGAGUGCUACGAACUGCAGGUGUGCGUGAAGGACUACUGUUUCGCCCGGGAAGACCGCACAGUUGGCAUGGCGGUGAUGCAGCUGAAGGACAUUGUGGCACGGGGAAGCGCCGCCUGCUGGCUGCCCCUGGGAAAGCGGGUCCAUAUGGACGAGACGGGCCUGACCGUCUUGCGUAUCCUGUCACAACGCAACAACGACGACGUGGCCAAGGAGUUCGUCAAGCUCAAGUCCGACCAGCGCUCUGCCGAAGAGGGCAGGGGGAGCUAGGGACUGAGGUGAAGGCGCCCCCUAACUGUGAAUAUGAGCUCUGCAGCCAACAGCAUACUGCCCUCUCUCUUUCCACUCACUUUCCUGUUCCACCUUCCAUAAACGGUAUCCUAGUGCAAGUGUCUCUUUCAUAAAGAAACAUGCAUUUGAUCCAGACCCUACUCUGCUUCGUCGGUUGGUGGCGCCGAAAUUCUACCAGUCGCACUUUUCGAUUGAGCCAGACGUUCACCUUGAGGUUCCAGUAUUUGAUGUUGUCAGUCGCCAACUGAGAAAAACGUCAGACUUGCAGAGUAAAAUUAUAUUUAAUUGUGUAUAAAAUAUGUUAUAUUUUUAGCUGAUGAAGAAAAAUCGACAAUAUCAAGACGGUAGUGUGUAUGAAGCUGAGAAAAGAGCAGCAUGCCUCCCACGAUGUCCUGUCCUUCUCACGCUCUGAUCUCUCUGGUCUCCUCCCUCCUUCAAAUUCUCCUCUAUCUGCAUUGUCUGAGCAGAUGAAUCCGCACAGGAGGCUCGUGCACGUCCCCGAUAUUAACGUAUCAACAUGCUGGGACAGGAAGUCAGGAUCGGUGUCCCUUCCUUGCUCCUCAAACCCUCUCAAGCCCAUCAGCCACACAAUCGCCACUCUGGGCAAAAAAAAAAAAACAAAAAAAAAAAAUAAAAAAUAAACAAGAUAUUUGGGGCCACAUCAAGGCGAGCUCUACAGACCUUAUAUUCCUUGGUGUUGCAUAUGGAAUAUUCAUGAAGUGUCAAAGGGUUAAGGCAAUUCCAAUUAUCAUCAUUUAAGUGAUAUUUCACAUGAGAAAAAAGAAGAUUGCUCCUGAGCUUUAUGUGUAGAUGUCAUGCAUUAGUGAGAGUAACUACCUCCAUGUGUCUCUACACGUGUCCAGGAGCCCCGUGACAUGCUGCCCCAUCUUGUCAGCCACCCUUCUCUGUGUAUAUAUGUAGCUCUCCGCAUGAUGAAAGCGCUUUUCCUCCAGCAUGAAAUAGACGUGUCCUUGUUGAUCGUGGUCGGUGGAUGCCAGUAGACCAAUGUAUCGCCAACAGUGGCCGAGGCCAAGUAAGAGAAGACAGCAGUGUCAGGUGAGAGCCGUAUCUGUCUAGACAGUCAGCUUGAGAACCUUGCCAAUGGUCUACUACACGGGGACAGUGGCAAAUCGAUUGCCAAAUAUUUGCCCGCUGGUUAGCCAGUUACAAUCCACUGUAGAGACCUGAAACUGGGCGGCACAUCGUAGCAAAGAUGCAGUGGGCGUGAAGAUGUUGAAGAUGUUCACCAUUCUGUUUCCAGAAGAACGCGCAUUCUCCAUUUUCCUGACCCGGUGUAUCACCAACGUGGAUGGAUUGCCACGGCAACAAUACCAGGUUGUGUCUGGCAACAUUACGGUCCUGCUAACCUAUCCUCCUCCCCCCUACCUCUACCCCCUCCGGGAAAGCACAACGACAGUCCCCCGGCAUCUGUCUGACUUACGCACGCAGACCGGGCUGCCGGGACAGACGCAAAGGGCUACCCGACCACUUCCCCUCCGAAAUCCGCACUGCUUGGCAGCCGAGGCGAGAUCCCUAACAUACAUGGGCUGUGGUGGCAUCAGUGUUGCAGAAGACACCAGCCUUUUCCUCGCUACCAUUAGAAGAAACUGUCCCAAGCCAAGGUGAGGGUGUAAUGAAGACAUGCGUCUUCCUUAGGAUUUAGGAUCAGAUAACAUUUCAGAAUCCCCACAUUUGGAGAGGAUGGCAUCUUCAAGUGAACCUGUUGAGGUAGUCAGUAUGUUAUCCUGAGUAUAGAUGUGGUCAACUAAACACACCCUUGACUCAACUGAUUCUCUUUGGGUUGAGUAUUACGUCCAGUGUAGUCUAUACACCCGGCCGAACCUAUCGGGAAAGUCUGACACAUUUUGCAGGACUCCCAUUGGCCGAGUAGUAGCCAGAAGUGCCAUUUGUGCCCUGUCCUAUGAGUAGCUGUCAUUCUGACGCAUAACAGUCCAUAGGAACUACACAAAUUGAUCUAUCCCCAAAAAGCACUUCGUAUCGACGUCUUACGGUGUCUGCCGCGGUUAAUUUCGGUGUACCUCUAUGCAUUCAGUAAAACAACGAAAUAGACCCAUCCAUUCUGAUUAGUCUUGAAAUGUUUACAGUACAAAUUAUUAAUGUUAGCACAAGUGCUUGAUACGCAUGUCAUGGCAGUGUAAGAUAUAGCUAACAGGCCUGGUAAGAUGGAAAACAACAAAUGGAGGCUUCAUCUCAACAUGAAGAAAAGGAGCAUAUUAAACAUUAAUUGCAACAGCUGUUUACUGCUACUAAACAGGACUUAAAUGUGACAGUGUAGGUUGUGUUUAGUAGUACUAAAUCUUAGGCAAUAGCUAAAUGGAUCUUCUCAGAGGGAAACAGUGAUGCAUUCCUCUUCUUCAUACGACACAAAGAGUUAUGCAAAUUCACUGUAUGGCAGGGAUUUGGCCAUUAGAGCCACAUAAUCAGCUGGUUUUGGUUGUAGCUUGUGUGUAAAUGCCAUUAUUUUCAUUAAAAGUCAGCUUGCAUUUGGUGCCACAUGAGUUGGGCAGUAAAUAUUGUUAAAUAUUGAGUUGAACAACAUCCCUUCAGUGUUGACGUUAUUUGUACGGGCGGUACUGCAUUAGAAAAAUCUCAAAAUUAACCUUGUGUAGGAAAAAGCUUUGGAAGCUGUGGCACAAUGUUGAUGCCAUUGACGAUUUCGAUCGAUGCCCAAAACCCAAGGCCUGCAAUCAGUCAGCGUGGGUGCUGGAAUUAACACGGGCACCCAGGAACCUGCAUGCAAGAGUGCAUAAACACACCGAAGCACAAAACAUCUGAGAGAAACUAACACACAAGCAUGCAGACAGGAAAAGUGACGCCCACCUGUAAAUAAGGAGUGCAUGAAGGGAAACGUCUUCCUUGUGCUGCACGUGUCUUUUUGAUGUAACUCGCUGACUAUUGUCUUUUUUCAUUUUUUUAAAUUUUAUUUUCAACCUGAGUAAUUUAAUUUUCAGUUUUUCUAUUUUUCGAAGGCUUGUGAAUAUAUAAAUAUGUAUUACUGAUGUGUAGUGGUGCAAAUACACGCAUGAGAGAAUUUUUUUAUACAGAGAUGUUUAUAAUUUUUUUUAUUAUUAUGAUUGUUCUUAUUGGGGAUAGAGGUGGGGGACUGCAGCAUCGCUGUUUCUGCUUCCAAUAAAAACUUCCGGAAAGAAUGCA